AUGGCGAUUAAUGUGAUCCCCUAUCUUUCUCUAAUGGGGAUUAUUGUCACAGUUGCUGGUGAUGCAUCGGUGAAAGUUACCCAACAUCCUCAAGCACAGACGGCAUUACGAGGUGAAAACGUUAAAUUUACCUGCUGGGCUGUCAAUAUCCAACAAAGUUCAUAUGUAACACUUUACUGGUGGAAACAAGGAGAGAGUCACUACUUAAAUACAAAACCCGACAACAAGAAAAUAUUCGAUUCAAAAACAUUCCAGCUCCUAAACGUGAGUUUUCAGGACUCAGGAGUCUAUCUCUGCGCAGUGGUCCUUCAGGGAAAAAUAGCAGGAAAUGGAACUGGAUCACAGUUAAUUGUACAUGUCCCCCCAACCCCACUGAAGAUAUUCCCCAGAGAUUCUGAAAGAGAUUCAUCAAAGUCUUUGACUCUUGUGUGUGAAACGGCUGAGUUCUACCCGGGAGAUGUAACGCUCACCUGGAAUAAAGAUGGCAGUGAAGUUAAAACUGGGAUAGAUCUCACUGAAGCAAAGAAUUCAAAAGGACUUUAUAAAGCUUCGAGGUCUAUGGAAGAGACACAGCCUGUACAGAGUGGGGCUGUUUAUACCUGUCUGGUAUCUCACAUCACCCUCCGGAUUCCAGUCGUUGCCGUCUACACUGUUUCUGAAUCCAAUAAAGGUAAUUUGCCAAUAUCCUGA